AUGUCUGCUGACGACGAUCUCUUCGACAUCGACAUCUACGGCGAGCAGGAGGAGAAGAAGGAGCAGCAGCUGGAAGCAGAGCACACUCAGCCCGUGGAGGAUAGCGACGAUCUCAUCUUUGACGACAACGACGACGGGGCUGAACUUCCUCCACAACCGAGCGAACAAGAGAAAGCCGCCGAGCCUGCGAUAGAAGAGCCGCCCAGCGAAUAUGCCAAAGUAGCUCAUGAAGCAACGUUGCCUGAAGCAACACCACAACAGGGCACCAAGCGCAAAGCCGAAUCAGAACCCCAAGAAUCCGACUCCACAUCCAACAAGCGACCUGCAUUACAAAACGGACAUUCAGAACCAGACACCCGACCCGUCGACCCAGGCGCAACAGCGACAAUCAGACUAGACGAGCUGAACUGGUGGACCACGGAAGAAGACCUUCGCGCCUUUUGCGCGCAAGCGGGCGUCGAGAGUGAGCUUCGAGAGGUCACGUUCGGAGAGCACAAGAUCAACGGCAAGAGCCGCGGGGAGGCGUACAUGGAAUUUGCAUCUCCGCAGGCCGCCACCGCUGUGAAAAGGGAGGUGGAGGCCGCCAACAAACUCGCAUCGACUGCUGCCCCGGCCAAGAAGGGUGAUUUUGGCGUUUUCUUUGCACCCGUGGGAUCCUCAUUCCGUACCGGGCCGACUGCUGGCGCGGGUGCUGGCAAGUUCAACGCGCAACAGAACGCGGGCGGUGGACGAGGCGGGGCGUACAACCAGAGCUACAACAACCAGCAGCGAGGCAACUACGGCGGGCGGGGCGGCUUCAAUCCCAAUAACCGCGGCGGCUUCCACCAGAAUCAGCCUUUCAAUCGCAUGGGUCAGCAGCAGAACAUGUGGAACGGACAGGGCGGCGGAAACAUGAACGGCGGCAUGAACGGCGGCAUGAACGGCGGCAUGAACGCAAACAUGGGCGCCUUUGCUGGCGGAGGAUACGCUGGAAAUCCGAUGAUGGGCAUGAUGGCGGGAUUUGGCGGGAUGGGCGGCAUGAACAACAUGAUGGGAGGGGGGAUGGGGAUGGGGAACAUGGGGAUGAUGAACCAAGGCCGGGGAGGGAUGAUGGGAGGCGGGAUGAAUGGUAUGAUGGGAAGGGGAAGGGGAUGGAACGGUGGGCCGGGGUAUGGAGGUGGGCAGUGA